UAUUGCAGGCAGAACAAACAUGAUGUCUCGAUGACAAUAGGAUAAUCAUUUUCCGCAAUGGAAUAUAUCAAACAGAUGAAAGAAGAGCGGAAAGAUAAUGAUAAACGUGUGAAAUUAAAUAUUGGAGGUCAUUAUUUUGAGACCUGGUUUAGUACAUUGGAGAGAAUUCCAGGAACCCGACUGGCCUUGUUGGCUACUCUUAAAGAAGCAGAUGAGAGCUAUGAUGCGGACAAUGGCGAAUACUUUUUUGACAGACACUCUGGGGCAUUUAUGUCCAUACUACACUAUUACCGAACUGAAGAACUUCAUGUGGACCAAAAUAUUUGUGGAAAUAUUAUCAAAGGGGAGUUGGAAUAUUGGGGACUCACAGAACUUGACAUUGAACCGUGCUGUUGGGGACAAUACAGUAAAUUCAAGGACCACAAGGAGACCUUGGCGGCGCUGGACGACAAUUUUACGUCUCAAAUUGACGUUGAACCCACAGCUUGGGAUAACGAUAAACCUUCGAGUCUCAGUAGGUUCAAGCAUAAUAUGUGGCUGUUUCUAGAGGAACCUGGAUCCUCUAGACUAGCAAAGGCGUACGCUGUGAUUUCGAUGUUCUUUGUUUGUUUAUCAAUAGCAGUAUUUUGUCUGGAGACUUAUGAAAAAUUCCGUGUUCCUAUAAACGACAAAGUGAGUCCCAUCAAUAAAACAGGAUUGUACCUUAAGGAAUCAACUUCAGGAGACUUUUGUGUCAAAACAAAUGCCGAACUCAAGUAUGAAUUCUCCGACACUCAGCCCCAUAUCGUCAUGCAAAUUAUGGAUUAUAUCUGUGCCGCAUACUUCACAACAGAAUAUACUAUAAGAUUUUUCUUUGCGCCGAAGAAGUUUAAAUUCAUCCGUCAACCCUUGAAUGUUAUUGAUAUUUUCUGUUUAAUUCCUCACCUUAUUGCCAUCAUAUUAGUGACCAUUAACCCUAAUGACAGCACGAGUCAGCUCUUCAAAUCCAUGCUGGCCUUACGAACUGUGCGCAUAUUGAGAGUGUUCAAGCUGAUGAAGCACUACAGUGCUUUCAAUAUUCUUGUGUACACAAUAAAAGUCAGCAUUAAAGAGCUUAUGCUGAUGAUAAUAUUUCUGCUAACAGGAGUCCUUAUAUUUGCAAGUGUUAUUUUCUACGUAGAGAGUGAAAAUUUUGAGAAUAUCCCAAUCGGAAUUUGGUGGGCAUUAGUCACUAUGACAACGGUUGGAUAUGGAGACAAAGUGCCGAAAUCGGAAGCCGGGUACAUAAUUGGUUGUGUUUGUGUAAUUUGUGGUGUCCUGACAGUAGCCUUUACAGUUCCGAUAGUUGUUAACAAUUUCGCACUUUAUUACGCACACGCUCAGUCGAGAAUUAAAUUACCUGCCCAUAAACGCAAAGAACUUAAAAGAAAACUAUAUGCAAAAAAUAAAAAGUCAUUAGACCUUGUCAAUAAGUGGAAGAAUGCUCGUAAAAAAGAACCAACAGAGUUCACGGAAAUGAACGCUAUUAAGAGCCCAAGAGCGCCACCAUGCGGCGAAGAGUCUCCUGCGGACAAGACUUCUAACUCAAGUUCAGUGAAUCCAGCCUAUUUUUACUUUAAUACUUCGAAAACAAACUCUGGUGCAACAGACACAAGUAGAAGUACCCGAGUAGUUACCAUAUCAGACAAUGUUAACUCUACAGCAAGUCCACCAUUAUCCAUCACUCCGAUAGAGACAGAUAUGACUGAGAUAGAGCAACACAAAAUCGAGACAGCAAAUUUGCUAAAUAACCUAAAACAAAAAGAUGAGAGGAUAAAGGAAGAGCGAAAGCGACAGCUGGGCAUGCUCAAUGAGAAGAGGGAAAGACUACAGAAUGCUGGGAAGACCCCGAGGACUACACCUGCUCCUGCUGCGGCUUCAAAACGGAAGUCCUGACCAAAGU